AUGAAGUUGGAAGACAAGGACUUGGUCCCCGCAACGUCCCCUUUGGUCGGCUUCAACUCAGAGCCAGAAUGGCCAAUCGGAAAGAUUAUUUUGCCGUUCAAAGCGGGGUUGGUCGUAAAGCAAGUAGAGUUCUGGGUGCUUAAAGUUCCAUCAACUUACAACUUGAUCUUAGGUAGGGGUUGGCUGCAUGCCAUGCAAGCAGUUGCUUCGACCUUCCACCAAGUCAUGCGCUUUCCGGCACCAAGCGGACAAAUAGAGGAAGUUUGGGGGGACCAGGUGAUGGCGAAACAAUGCUUCGUUGUGGUAAAUGGCAGCCGAGCGGCCAAAGGGUUCGUCCAAAUGAUCGAAGGGCCCGAGGGUAAAGAGGUCCUCGAAGACGUAGGAAGAAAGGCUGAGGAAAAGUCGGUCGAAGACUUGGUGGAAGUGUGCAUUGUCGAAAACGAUCCAACUAAAUUCUUCCUCUUGGGAUCAUCCUUGUCUAGCGCCAAGCGGAUGGAUUAUGUCAACUUCUUGGUUUCCAAUUUGGAGGCCUUUGCCUGGACGCCUUACGACAUGCCUAGCAUCGACCCGAGCUUCAUUUGUCAUCAGUUGAAUGUCUUCCCUAAUGCACGGCCAGUCAUUCAAAGGACCCGCCGCUUAGCCUUGCACCAUGCUGAAGUGGUCGCAGAAGAAGUAAAGAAUUUGUUGGAAGCUGGGGCCAUAGAGGAGGUGCAGUACCCUCGGUGGAUAUCCAACACGGUGGUUGUUCCGAAGAAGAACGGCAAGUGGUGA